CUCUCAUCGAUACUAGCUCUUUACCGACUGCUUCUGUGCCAAUUCAUACCUUGUACACAUGGCCGACCAGGAGGCCGCAGCAAAGCGGCUGGUGGGGCUGACGAAGCUGUUCAACGCGGUGAUCCACGGGCAUCGUGAGCUCAAGAGCACCGGCGACGGGAACCGUUUUCUGGAGGCCUUGUGCGUGCAGCCGGAUGCAUCGAAGUGUGUUGAGAACCUAAUCGCGGCCCCGGGUGGUCUGUGCGGAAUUGCCAAGGCCUUCCGCUUUUCCAUGGACAGCGCUUUUCUAAAUGGCCCCGCGACCUCAGCCAUCCGAUUCUUGUCCGAGCCAUCUCUGAAACAACUCUACGGUGGGCACUUCUUGCAUCGCGUCCUUGAGCAGAUCGUGCAGCCUCCAACUUUCUGGAAUACCCUCGUCGAAGCACACCAUGCUCGCAUCCUUACGGAGGAAGGCACAUACGCCUUCGGGUGGCUGCUGCUAGAGAUCCUUUGCUGCCGUUUGGAAGACAUCCCUGAUGUCCGAGGCGUGGCAGAACGAAUCACAAAUGAUGAGUCUCUCAUCGACUCUCCGCUCCUUGAGGUGAGGAACCUCGGACACAAGAUCAAGCAUGUUCUGGACAGCACGUCCUCUGACGCCGCCGAAGAUGGGCCUGGCGGACGACAUGAUAACGACUUCGUCGACUUCCGCAAGAUCAAGAUUUUGCCCACGCCUGAUGAAUUCGCGUCUACGGAAAGGCCGUUCUACAGACGCGCUGAUGCAAUGGAGUCGACGGAGCCAGAGCGUCGAGGGGGAAUCCACCUAGACAACCAAUUCCGACUUCUCCGCGAGGAUCUUCUGGGCGAGCUACGGAGCGACUUCCAGAUCGCCAUGGGCGCAAAGAAGGGACGCCGGAAAGUCAUCCUAUCAGGCUUACAGUUCAUCGGCAUCGACUGUGGAAUCGGCAUGAAAAGAAAGCCAUGCUCAAUAAAGCUCUGCUGCAAUACCGACAUCCCGCAGAUGAAAAAUCUGAACGGAGCAGCAGCCCGAAAGCAAUUCGUGAUGGACAACAAAAACAUGCUCAAGCACCAGUCUCUAGGAUGCCUCAUCAGCAACGGCAACAUUGUUGCUUUCGCUAGCGUCGACCGAGACGAGGAUAAGCUCGCCCAGAAGCCCCCGGUUCUCGUCCUUCGCAUUGCCGACGAAGGUUCCUUCAGUAAAGUCCUUCUUGCCAGCAAACUUUCGUCCGAUCUUCAGUUUGUUCAAGUCGACACCGCGGUCUUCGCAUAUGAGCCCAUCCUAAAAUGCCUCCAAAACAUGACUGAAGUUCCGCUCCAAGAACAACUGCUUGACCUCUCGCCGGGCUCCAGUGACGCUCUUUCUGGCAUCCAGCCGGUGAGUGUCUUCAAUGAGAUUAGUCGGCAUUGGGAGCAAGAUCUUCAAUCCAUCAUUGGCACCUCCCGAAGUGUUGAGCUUGACGCCGCUCAAGCGGAAUCGCUUCUCACAGGCUUAUCGAAGAGAGUUAGCCUCAUCCAAGGGCCUCCAGGUACUGGGAAAUCUUUCAUCGGUGCAUUGAUCGCAAAGAUUCUGCAUGAUCACACUGCGGUGCCUAUAUUGGUGCAAACGUAUACCAAUCACGCGCUCGAUCAAUUUCUUGAGGAUUUGCUCGACAUUGGGAUACCGCCAGAUUCGAUUGUUCGGCUUGGUCCGAAAUUCACAACCAGGACCAGGCCCUUGAGCUUAUCCGCACAGUCGACCACCUAUAGGAGGAGUGGUCAAACAAAUUACAUGAUUCAGGACCUGAAGCAGCAGUCUGAAGGAUAUCUUGAUGCCUUGCUCAACAAGGUCGCUCUUUACAAUAACUCCCGCCUGACCGAUCAGGCGCUGCUUGACUACCUGGAGUUCUCGGAGGAUUCGGAGUUCUUCGAUGCCUUCGUUAUUCCGGAAUCACAAGAUGGAAUGCAUCUCGUCGGCCACCGCGGGAAGCGCCUCAACUCGUACUACCUGCUCGACCGCUGGACGCAGGGACAUCACGCCGGUGUUCUUCAGGACAGCGCAGAAAGGGACUAUCCUGGAAUCUGGAAGAUCGAACCUAGUGCUCGCCUUGCCUUGAGAGCCCGCUGGUUGAAGGAGAUCAUCGAAGAGCAGGUAUCCGAAAUCAGCAACCUCGUGCAGAAAUACAACCAAUGCCGCGACAGGAUUGAACAAUUGUUUCGCGAAAGGAACGCACACAUACUCGGCCAGAAGCGAAUCAUCGGAUGCACAACAACAGCCGCUGCGAAGUAUACAGAGGAGCUACAGAAAGCUUCACCAGGUAUCAUCAUAGUCGAAGAAGCCGGCGAGAUCCUCGAGAGCCACAUCUUGACGGCCAUGACGCCAAACACUAAGCAGCUCGUGCUGAUUGGUGAUCACAGGCAACUUCGACCGAAAGUGAGCAACUACGCUCUCACGGUCGAACGGGGGGAUGGCUACAACCUCAACCAGUCGUUAUUCGAGAGACUGGUGCUUUCUGGGGUGCCUCACACCACGCUCAACCUACAGCACCGCAUGCGUCCGGAGAUUUCGGCGCUAGUCCGAUCCCUUACAUAUCCCGAGCUGAGAGACGCACCUAAAACGAAGAAUCGACCCCCGCUCCGCGGCUUUCAAAACAACGUCAUAUUCGUCACGCACGAUCACCCUGAACUCAACGCUGAACUCAUCGCCGAUCGGCGUGACGAGGGCGCGAAAUCCAGCAAGGAAAAUGAAUUCGAAGUGGGAAUGGUGCUGAAAUGCAUUCGGUAUCUAGCGCAGCAAGGCUACGGUACAGACAACAUUGUGAUCCUCACACCUUACCUUGGUCAGCUGUACCAUCUGAUGAAGACUCUGUCGAAGGACAACGACCCCGUUCUCAACGACUUGGAUGCUUUCGAAAUGAUACGUGCGAAUCUGAUGUCGCCGGCUGGGGCCGGCAUCGCAAAGCGAAAGAUCAAGAUUUCCACUAUAGAUAACUAUCAAGGGGAAGAGAGUGAUAUUGUCAUCGCAAGCUUGACGCGGAGCAACAAAGUAGGAGAUAUAGGCUUCAUGGCCUCACCCCAACGUGUGAAUGUGCUAUUAUCGCGUGCGCGGAACGCUUUGAUCAUGAUCGGAAAUGCCGAAACGUUUAUGAACAGUCGCAAAGGCAAAGAAGUCUGGAUCCCAUUGAUGGAUCAGCUGAAAAGAGAGGGACAUGUCUACGAUGGCUUCCCUGUAAAAUGCGAGCAGCACCCGGACAAGAAGGCACUUCUUCGCACAAAGGAGGCUUUCGAUCUCGUGUGUCCGGAUGGGGGAUGCUCUGAACCAUGUGGCACAAUGCUCAAUUGCGGUGUCCAUACCUGUCCUCAUCGUUGUCACCAGCUGCAGGACCAUUCUAAAAUGGAUUGCACGUCGAUCAUCACAUCCACCUGCCCACGAAACCACAGAAUCUCGAGAAGAUGCCACGACAAAGCAGCAGCGACUUGUCAGAAGUGUGAGGCCGAAGCUCGAUUGAAAGAGAAGAAGCGACAACGGGACCACAAGCUGGACCAGGAACGCCAGGCAAAGCAGCGUGCAUAUGCCGUGCGGCUCGCCGAGCUCGAUGAUGAGAUCGAGCAUCAGAAACGGUUGCUGAAAGAUCAGGCGGAUGCGAGGGACCGCCAAAAUGCUCUGACUCAGAAGAAGCAAGAUCUCGCGAAUCUGAAGGAGAAAGCCAGGAACAUGCAUCAGACGACCUUGCCGUCCAGUCCAAAUAAGCCUGCGCCUCAAACCACUCAACCGGCCGGGAAACCCCAUGGGACACCCGCGCAGUCCCAACAGCCUACCGCCCCAUCCCCUAGCGACGCGGAAAAAAAGACUGUAGCCGAUACCUCUGCGAACCCGCAAGAUGAGUUGCCUGACUGGGACAAGAGCGAAGCAAGAGACGAGUGGCAGUGGCAGAAGGAGUUUGAGGGAGCUGAGAAUGACCCACUGGAUAAAUUAAUGUCAAUGAUAGGGCUAGAAUCGGUCAAGCAGCAAUUUCUGUCCAUCAAGGCCAAGGUCGACACAGUUGUCCGUCAAAACGUGUCUCUCAAAGGCGAGAGAUUUGGGGCUGCUCUAUUAGGAAACCCCGGAACAGGGAAAACAACCGUCGCCCGCUUGUAUGCUAAGUUUCUCGUCGAGGUUGGAGCGCUCCCUGGGGACCACUUCUUUGAGAGCUCUGGAUCGGCCCUGGCCAACGAUGGCGUUUCCGCUUGCCAAGGACACAUCGACAAGAUCCUGGAGCAAGGUGGCGGCGUCUUCUUCAUUGAUGAAGCUUAUCAACUAGUCUCUGGAAACAGCUAUGGUGGCAAAGCCGUCCUAGAUUACCUUCUUGCAGAGAUCGAGAAUCUCACAGGAAAGAUAGUCUUUGUACUCGCCGGCUACCAUAAGCAAAUGGAAGCCUUCUUCGCGCACAACCCUGGCAUUCCGAGUCGCAUUCCCAUUCAAAUGGAAUUCCAGGAUUACAAUGACCAGGAGCUUCAACGUAUCUUCUGUCACUACAUCAACACGAAGUACAAGGGGAACAUGAAGAUUGAGCAUAGUAUGGCUGGACUCUACGUGCGGAUAGUCGCUCGUCGCAUUGGCAGGGGUCGCGGCCGGGAUGGAUUCGGGAACGCCCGCGAAGUGCAGAACAAGAUUUCACAGAUCACGGAACGCCAAGCGAAGCGCCUACGCAAGGAGCGGAAAACUGGGGCCAAACCGGACGAUAACCUUCUCACCAAAGAGGAUUUGAUUGGCCCAGAGCCUUCAUCGGUGCUCAAGAAUAACGCCGCAUGGACAAAGUUGCAAAAGCUAAUCGGCCUUACGUCUGUCAAGGACAGUGUUCGCAUUCUUCUGGACGGUAUCCAGUACAACUAUCGACGAGAGCUUGAGGAAAAACCAUUGGUACAGUACUCGCUCAAUCGAUGCCUCGUGGGCUCGCCUGGUACAGGAAAGACAUCUGUCGCUAAGCUGUAUGGCAAGAUCUUGGCUGACAUUGGACUCCUGUCCAGUGGCGAGGUCGUCGUCAAGAACCCGGCAGAUUUUGUCGGAAAUGUACUGGGAGCAUCAGAAAGCAACACCAAGGCUAUUCUUGCGUCAACCGUUGGCAAGGUUCUCAUCAUCGAUGAGGCUUAUAUGCUGGCGGGAAGCUCUACCGCUGACCCAUACAAAACAGCCGUCAUUGAUACUAUAGUCGCAGAGGUUCAAAGCACGCCUGGCGAGGAUCGAUGCGUGCUCCUUCUUGGAUACAAGGACCAAAUGGAAGAGAUGUUUCGCGACGUGAAUCCAGGCUUGGCCAGACGCUUCCCGCUCGAAUCAGCAUUCGUCUUCGAGGACUUCAACGACGCCGAGCUUCGCUGUAUAUUGGAACUGAAGCUGAAAGAUAUCGGAUAUACCGCCACCGACCAAGCGAAGAAGGUGGCAAUGGAGAUGCUCCAAAGAGCGCGCAACCGAGCGAACUUCGGAAACGCCGGCGAGGUGGACAUUAUUCUCGAUCGAGCAAAGGCACUGCAUCAGAAGCAUUUGUCCAGCGGGAAGGUUAAGCAGAUGGACACAUUCGAGGCCAUUGAUUUCGAUCCGGAUUUUGAUAGGGGCGAGCGCGCGGCCACAAACCUUCCGCAACUAUUCCAAGACGUUGUGGGAUGUGAAGACUUGGUCAAACAAUUCCAAGGUUACCAGACCACGGCUGCGAAUAUGAAGAGACUUGGCAUGGAUCCCCGCGAACAGAUACCAUUCAACUUCCUUUUCAAGGGUCCGCCAGGGACCGGCAAGACAACAACGGCGCAGAAGAUGGGGAAGGUCUUCUACGAUAUGGGCUUACUCGGACAAGCGAAAGUCAUUGACUGUUCUGCGACAGACCUGAUCGGCCAAUACGUCGGACAGACAGGUCCUAAAGUCCAGAAGCUCUUGGAAAAAGCACUCGGCAAGGUCCUCUUCAUCGACGAAGCCUACCGCCUCGCCGAAGGCGGUUUCGCAACUGAAGCUAUGGAUGAGCUUGUCGACUGUCUCACGAAACCCAAAUUCGCACAAAAGCUCGUCACCAUUCUCGCUGGAUAUGACAAAGACAUAGAUCGCCUAAUGUCAAUGAAUCCGGGCCUUACUAGUCGUUUUCCGGAGUCGGUCGUCUUUCCGCACUUAGAGCCAGAGACGUGCCUGGACCUCUUGACCAAGGUGCUCCAGAAGAAGGCAAAAGAGGCCCCACUUGACCUUAGCGUACUAUCAUCUCCCUCGCCCAGCCUCAAGCAAAAGGCCCUUGACCUGUUCCAGCGGCUUUCGGGCUUGGAAUCCUGGGGCAACGCGCGAGACGUGAAAUCCCUCGCGAAAAACAUGUUUGGCGAACUCAUCAAGACACCUACACCAAUUACCAACCUGGUGCUCACGGAAGACGUCGUUCUUCAGACUAUGGAAGCCAUGCUUUCCGAACGUUCGCGUCGCAACGAAGUAGUUGGUACAAGCCGUUUCCCAGCACGCCCACCACCACUUCUGCCGCCUCAAGCGCAGCAGCAGAAGCCGCCAAAGGCACUCGCCUCUAAAACAGCGACCAAAUCAGCGAUGCCAACAACCCAGGCGCCGAAGACACGCUCAGCACCUCCGCCACCAGCGCCCAAGGCUGAAAAGCAGAAGCCUGCUCCUGAAACCGCUAAGAAGGCCACCUUACCUGGCGAAUCAGACCCUCUAGAUGCCAUCUUCAAAGCAAAGCGAGACCCCGGCAUCUCUGACGCAGUCUGGGAACAGCUCGAGCGCGACAAGCGUGCCGCCGUCGCCCGCGAACAAGAGUACCGCAGCUUGCAGGAAGAGAAGCGGCAGGAGGAACAGCGCAUUGAAGAACUCAAAAGGGCUGAGCAAGCGGCGAAGGACGAUGAAGAAAAGCGGCGCCGCGAGCAAGAAAGAAUUGAGGCGGAACUGGAGAGAAGGAGGAAUGAGGCGAUUCUGGCGGAAAUAGAGAGACAGCGGCAGAGGGAGAUGGCGGCACAGAAGAGGAUAAGGGAACUGGGAGUUUGCCCAGUAGGUUUCAGGUGGAUUAAGGAGGCGGGCGGAUACAGGUGUGCUGGUGGGAGUCACUUCCUUUCGGACGCAGCAUUGGGGCUGUAAGAGUAGAAGAAAGGUAGCAUUCUCAACCAGAAUGACUCAUGAACGCCUAGCAUGCAACGCGGCAAUUUGAAAAAAAACGUUG